AUGAUGAAGAUGGAGUUUAUUAAAGAGGGAAACGAUUAUCUGAGCGGUCCAGAGUCAUCCAGAAUCAAUAAUGGAGAAACUGAAGGACAAACAGACCAGGAUGAAUAUGGAGUGGAGAGACAAGAGCCGAAUGAACAGGAGGAGAAACAUUGCGACUUUAAAACGAAGAGAAGAAACGCCAGAAAGCUGCAGACUCGCCAACAAUGUGGGAAAUUGAUCGAAGAUUGUGAACAGCGCCAGGAAACACGUGAGGAAACGGGAGAUCAUGUGUGUUUGACGUGUGGGAAGAGCUUUUCUAGAGCUGUCAGUCUGAAACUGCACCAAAGAGUUCACACUGGAGAAAAACCUCACAAGUGCUCAUAUUGUGAGAAGAGCUUCAGUCUGUCCGCGACCAUGAGAAAACACGAGCGAGUUCACACUGGAGAGAUGUUCAUCUGUACUCAGUGUGGUCAUGACUUUAGCUCAUCGCCAAGUCUAAAAAGACACAUGAAAAUGCACACAAACGAGACGCCUUAUGCAUGUUUGUUAUGUGAGAAGAGAUUUACACGUCUGGAUCAAUUUAAACAGCACCAGAAGACACACUCUGAUGAGAGAGAUCAUGUGUGUUUGGAGUGUGGGAAGAGCUUUAAUAGAGCUGAUCAUCUGAAAAGCCACCAAAUUACUCACACGGGGGUAAAACCGUACAAGUGGUCAUAUUGUGAGAAGAGUUUCACUCAGUCUUCAAGCAUGAAGAAACACCAGAGUAUUCACACUGGAGAGAAGCCGUACUGCUGUCCUUCAUGUCAGAAGAGUUUUAGGAGGUCAGAUAGUCUAAUCAAACACGUGAAGAUAUGCAAGUCGUCACAGUGAUCUUUAAUUUUGUUUUCAUGUCAAAUUCAUGUGAGCUGACUGUACAUUAUAUCUUGUAGUUUGAAAAUAAAACACAAAC